CAACCCCAAGACCCUCCAAUCAGACAUUGGUCAACUGAAACCCACCUCCUACGAUAAUCGGACCACAUACUCUCAAUACUAAAGACAAUGUCCGAAGACAUCCAAUCCCGCCGCGAAGCUGACUACCAGCGCUUCAAAAACUACGCCGCCCUAACCUUCCUCGUCACCUCCCCGAUCCUCAUCGCUCUACCCCCCCGCAAACUAGACCACCUGACCGUCCUCCUAACAGGCGCCUUCUGCGUCUCUGCAAACCACUUAACCCACGAACGCACAGGUCGCAGCAUCAUGGACCGGCUUGAGUCGCGCCUUUCCCGGCACUCGGCGAUUAUCUCGGGUUUACCCAGUGAGCGCGCGCAGGAGAUCCAGGCAAGAGUGCGGGCUAGCAGAGAGAAGCAGCUCCGGGAAGGGGGAAUGAGCGAGGAGGAGAUCGAGAAGUUGAGGGCGAGGCAGACGCAGGAGAAGGGAAUUGCGGAGAGGGUUUGGAUGGGUGGGGAGGAGGAGGGGUGGAAGCAGAAGAGGUUACGGGAGGAGGCAGAAGCGUUGGCGGAGGGGAAGGGGUAUGGGGAUUUGAUUAAAGAGCAUGUUUCGGACGUGUGGUCGUGGGGGAAAAAGGAUGGUGAGUCGAAGGAGUGAUGGAAUUUGGGUGUUCGAAAAGUUGAUGCCUUGGGUACCGGGUACCAGGGAUUUAGUGGUUUGACGAUGAUGGUUUGGAUGAUGUAUGAUAUGCGGGCUUGUAUAUGACGGCGUUUAUAUCCAUGUAUUACUACACAAUCUACUUUCUGUUGCUCUACGCCUUUACGAUAUGUGAGAUGAAAAUGCAAUGUAUUCGGUAAUCCAACCCAAUGCAG